CGUGUGUGUGUGUCGACGACAUCGAUCAGGUCACACGAACCGGUGUCUACGUGCGUGCCAUUCUCACCGGGAGGGCUUAGAGAGCUCUGGAAAAAUCACUGAUUAUUUGAUUUUUUAUACAAUAUAUGGCGAUUAUAGCUUGAUCUCCAACCAGAGUUUCUUCUCAGGAAGCUGGUGGGAGAAUUUUAAGUAUUAAAAACAGGUGCAGCACCUAGCAGUUUGAUCCCUUCGGUGGUAUUAUUUCAUUUCCAUUCAUCUUACAUCAGAAAAUUAAUUAAAGAUGUUCCGAUUUCUGCAAACUGCAUGCUACGUGGAUGGCACAGCAACAUCACAUAUGCGCAAGGCUGUCAUUGGUCAGCGGCGAAGAUUCACUACCACGUUCAAAAAGAAUUCUUCUCAGGGAGAUGCUGCUCCUCCUCCAAAAGGAAUUCCCUGUGAAAAUUUGACCAUUGGAGUUCCUAAAGAAUCCUUUGCAAAGGAAGCUAGAGUGGCAAUGUCUCCUGCUGCUGUAAAGAUACUUAACAAAGAGGGGUACAAUGUUGUUAUAGAAGAGAAUGCUGGAGCUCUUGCAAACUUUACCAAUAAGGACUAUGAGGCAGCUGGUGCAACAAUCAAAGGAAAACAAGAUGCCUUUCAGUCAGAUAUUGUUUUAAAGGUUCGAUUACCAACAAUAGAAGAAGCAGGUUUUUUCAAGGAGAAGGGCAACCUUAUAAGCUUUGUAUACCCAGCACAAAAUAAGGAGAUCCUGAAAAAGUUAUCAGAAAAAAAACUGACAGUAUUAGCAAUGGACUGUGUACCUAGAAUCAGUAGAGCUCAGGUUUUUGAUGCUUUAAGUUCAAUGGCAAAUAUAGCGGGGUACAAAGCAGUUAUUGAAGCUGCUAAUAAUUUUGGGCGUUUCUUCACCGGCCAAAUAACAGCUGCUGGCAAAGUCCCUCCUGCCAAAGUUUUGGUCAUUGGUGGAGGAGUAGCAGGACUUGCUGCAAUUGGAGCUGCAAAGAGCAUGGGAGCUAUUGUCAGGGGUUUCGAUACAAGAGCUGCAGUGAGGGAACAGGUACAGUCUCUUGGAGCAGAGUUCCUUGAAGUGCAAAUUGAAGAAUCCGGAGAAGGGACAGGAGGUUAUGCCAAAGAGAUGUCACCAGAGUUCAUUAAAGCUGAGAUGGAAUUGUUUGCUAAGCAGUGCAAAGAGAUUGAUAUUCUAAUCUCAACUGCCCUUAUCCCUGGUAAACCAGCACCAAAACUAAUCUCCCGUGAAAUGAUUGAAUCUAUGCAUGAAGGUUCUGUUGUUGUGGAUCUUGCUGCAGAAAUGGGAGGUAAUAUUGAAACAACCAAACCCAAUGAGCUCUACAAGUAUAAAGGAGUGACACACAUUGGAUAUACAGAUCUUCCAAGCAGACUACCAACACAAGCAAGUACAUUAUAUGCUAACAACAUCUCUAAGUUAUUAGUGUCUCUUGGCCCAAAGGGUCACUUUUACCUUGAUCAUGAAGAUGAAGUUACCAGAGGAUCUCUUGUACUUCAAGAUGGACAAAUGAUGUGGCCACCUCCAGCACCAAAAGAAGAGGCUGUUCCUCAAGCUGCUCCAAAAGCUGUAGCCAAGGUAGAACCUCCACCUCCAAAUCCUUUUGUUGACACCGCAAAAACUGCUGGUGUCUAUACUGCUGGUUUAGCUUCUAUUAUUGGCCUUGGUACAGUAUCUCCUGGACCAGCAUUCAACACUAUGGUAACCAUUUUUGGCUUAUCUGGCAUUGUUGGCUAUCAUACUGUAUGGGGUGUUACUCCUGCCCUUCAUUCUCCUCUGAUGUCUGUAACAAAUGCAAUAUCUGGAAUAACUGCAGUUGGAGGACUCCUGUGUAUGAAUGGUGGUUACUUACCUAACUCUACAGCAGGAUCUCUUGCUGCAGCUGCUACAUUUAUCUCAUCCAUUAACAUUUUUGGUGGUUUUCUUGUAACCCAGAGAAUGUUGGAUAUGUUCCGCCGUCCUACUGAUCCUCCAGAGUAUAACUACUUGUACACUGUUCCUGGCCUAGCAGCCAUGGGUGCAUAUGCUGCUGGACAUUUGAGCGGUUAUGAUGUCCAGCAGAUGGGUUACCUUGCAGCAUCAUUAUGUUGUGUUGGGGCACUCCAAGGGCUUGCUUCUCAGAAGACUAGCAGACUUGGAAAUGCUCUUGGUAUCAUGGGUGUUUCUACUGGUAUGGUUGCCACCCUCAUGAGCCUUAAAGCUUCACCAGAGUUAUAUACACAAAUGGCUGGAAUGAUAGGUGUUGGAGGCUUGAUUGGGUCAAUUAUUGCCAAGCGUGUAGCCAUCACAGAUCUACCUCAGCUAGUUGCUGCUUUCCAUAGUUUUGUUGGUUUAGCUGCUGUACUGACAUGUGUUUCAACUUACAUGAGUGAGGCUUCAGCUUUUGCAGCUGAUCCAGCCCAUGCUGCCAUGACUAAGCUUUUUCUUUUUCUUGGCACGUAUAUAGGUGGUGUCACUUUUACUGGAUCAUUAGUAGCCUAUGGCAAAUUGCAGGGUCUUCUUAAAAGCGACCCCCUCUUGUUGCCUGGCCGUAAUCUGUUGAACGCAGGCUUACUUGCUGCAAAUGUAGGGGCUCUUGGCUAUUACAUGACCAAUCCAGGUUACUUUGCUGAUUUAAGUGCUCUGACAACCACUGGCCUCUUGUCAUCUGCAAUGGGUGUCACUUUAACUAUGGCAAUUGGUGGGGCUGACAUGCCUGUUGUGAUCACUGUUCUUAACAGCUACAGUGGUUGGGCAUUGUGUGCUGAAGGUUUCAUGUUGAAUAACAACCUGAUGACAAUCGUAGGUGCGUUGAUUGGAUCUUCUGGUGCCAUUCUAUCCUACAUCAUGUGUGUUGCCAUGAAUCGGUCACUUCCAAAUGUUAUUUUAGGCGGAUAUGGUACAUCUUCGACUGGAACUGGCAAGCCCAUGGAAAUUACUGGCACCCACACUGAAGUAGAUGUUGCCGGGGCAGUUGACAUGAUCAAUGAUGCACAGAGAAUCAUCAUUGUUCCAGGAUAUGGCUUGUGUGUUGCCAAGGCACAAUAUCCUAUUGCAGAUAUGGUGAGCCACCUUAAAAGUUUGGGUAAAGAAGUCCGGUUUGGAAUUCACCCUGUAGCAGGACGCAUGCCUGGGCAACUAAAUGUGCUUCUCGCAGAAGCUGGUGUACCAUAUGAUGUUGUUUUAGAAAUGGAUGAAAUCAAUGAUGACUUUCCAGAAACUGAUCUUGUCCUCGUUAUUGGCGCAAAUGACACGGUUAAUUCAGCGGCCGAAGAAGAUCCAAACUCCAUCAUUGCUGGUAUGCCAGUCCUGCAGGUCUGGAAAUCUAAGCAAGUGGUUGUAAUGAAGCGAUCACUUGGCGUAGGCUAUGCUGCUGUUGAUAACCCAAUCUUCUACAAGCCAAAUAGCUCCAUGUUGCUAGGUGAUGCUAAGAAAACAUGUGACGCUCUACUAAAUAAGCUCAAAAGUGAUUGAGUAAAAAAUACACAAUUUAUAAAAUAUUUAAAAAUAGAAAAGAGGUCAUAGAAUUAUGAAGGAUUGUGUUAUAUGAAUGACCUGAUGAUAUUAGACAGAUAUUCAACUUUCAGGGGCUAUUUUGUGCUUCAAAAAACAAUUUAAUUUAAUCAAUAAUAUGCAUUACAGAAAUGUUUUCUGUGUGAAUGGUUGCUGUGCAAACUUAAUGUGACUGAAUUCAGAUAAAUGUUUUUUAAUUGUUUUAUUUUCUGAAAUACUUUAUCAUGGUAACAUUAUUAAUAUUAUUGUUUACUUUAGCCAUUUCCUGUGAUAAUUAGCCAAUGAAUUGAACAGACCAAAUUAAAAUAAAAAGUAUUUUUCUGAGCUUUUAAAGUGCUAAAGAAAGACUACAGUAUUAGCAUAUUUUGCACCCUGAUUAACAAUUGAAUAAUCUUUUCACAUACUUUAACUGCUAAAAUCAUGGUCUUCAGAUUUAGGUAGCAAAUUGAAUAUUGAAAAUUGCAUAAAGAUGUGAGCAUUUAUUUACUGAUCAUUAAAACAAAUUUGUGAAAAUUUA